AUGGGAUUAUAUGUUUUUAGAAUUUGUUGAUAAAUAGACGUUAAAACCUGUCGAUUUUGGAGUGAUACCGAUAUUUUCGGCUAAACAUGUACAUCAAGUGCGCGUUGGUUUUGUGUGCUGCGGUGGCAGCUCACGGAUUCAACUUGGGACCUUUGGAUGUUGAAUUCCAUCUGUACACCAGAUCAAAUCCAUCCGUGAGCCAACCUGUCACCCCGUCGGUAAAUUCUUUCCUGACGUCCACGUUCUCCCCUGCGCGCCGCACCUUCCUUACAAUUCAUAGCGAUGGCGAAGGAGUCGGAGGAAACUUUAACGCUUUUGUGGUUGGAGGUUUGCUCACCGCCGCUGAUGUGAACGUGAUCGCCGUCGACUGGAGCCGCGCCUCAUUCCUCUACUCGCUGGGCCUCGCCAACGCGCCGCAAGCCGGAGAGAUGAUUGCCGAAAUCAUCAACGUCCUCAUUGUCAACUUUGGCUACUCCGCUGAUAUGGUCACCAUCGUUGGCGUCGGACUAGGAGGACAUCUUGCUGGUAUCACCGCGAGACAUAUCACUGGAAAUGUUGGGCAUAUUGUUGCGAUCGAUCCCUCCUUCUACGGCUGGACCCACCAUCCCGAUAUCCUAAAGGCUACCGACGCUACCGCAGUCGAGGUUCUCCACGCCACCUCCGGAAUCCUGGGUUACGAUUAUCCUCUGGGUACCAUCGACUUUUACCCCAACGGCGGAGUCUACCAGAACGGCUGCGGCACCGACGCCUCAUGCAGCCACAUUUACGCAUAUGCGUUCUAUGCUGAAUCUCUUGCCGCGGAGUUGAACUCGAACACUAACAACCAGUUUGUCGGCACGGCUUGCGAUAGCUACGAACAAGCUAUUGCUAAUAUCUGCUCUGGCGCAAGAGAUGUUACUUUUGGCGGCACUGCUGUCAAAACCAGCCAAUCUGGAAUCUACACUUUCAACACUAACGCCGUUCAGCCGUUUGCCCAAGGUUAAAGAAAUGCAACGAUGAUCAUUGGUAUCUGUAAAUACAUUUCAUUUGAAAGUAAA